AGGUGAGUCGCAGUCAGCUGCAGCCGCAGUGACCCCUCCAGGUGCCAUCCGCGCAGGACGUCGCCGCGUUCGUCUCCCGACUCGAGUCCCGACUGCCAGGACCUGUCAUGGCGCGCUGCAGGGGAGUCCUGGCGUGCUGCUUGCUGGCGUGUCUCGCUGUCUGCUGCUCGGGUGGGCCCGUGUCGGAAGAGGACGAGUCUACAAACGAAGUAGUGCCGCUGGAAAUCCUGUUAAAGAGAGCGGUGAGUUAUCAGCGCUACUUCAAAGCAUUCAACUCCCGGUUCAACAUGGGCAAGAAGUUCGGCGGCUACUCGUGGCUGCGGUCCGCCGACUCCACCAUGCGGCGGCUGCAGUACUACUUCGGCAACAAGCAGCAGCAGCAGCAGCGCGAAGACGAGUACAACCAGCAGGAGCCAGCCCUGCAGAAGGAAGUGUACUGGGAGAACAACUGACAUGACACUCGGACACCCCCGCACCCAUGCCACCGCGACUCAGACUGAACGUGUCAAGAAUUAGGAAACACCCUUGAUCGUCCCACGGCUCUUGGUUCUCUGAACCCAGCGUCAACUUCCACGUUCCUGUUUCCGACAUAGUUCGAACUGAGGGCGAAAGGCAUCUUUCAGUUCAAUUAUUUAGAUUAGGUAUAGCAUAUAGCUGUCUGUAUUUUAAUUUUUAAAAAUAAGAUACAUAACAGUAUUAUUCAGUAACCCAAUAAAUGUCAAAUGAGGAAGAAAUAAAACCACACAAAAAAUA